GCUUGUUGCCAGUCCACAACAAAGAAUGAAAUACUUUCUGAGCUUUAUUUUCGCAACCUGUCUGUUCAGUGUAUUGACUGCAGACAUUGCUGUUCCACAUAUCCCUACUCUGGACGUAACUUGUGCCGUUUCUGAGACUCAAACGUAUUUAAGGAUUGGGAAAAAGUACUACAUCAUAGGCAAAUCGAAGGUCACUUGGUUCGAUUCCUUACACUUGUGUCGUCGAUUUGGAGGAGACUUGGCCUUAAUCGAAUCCGCCGAGGAGAUGGAUGCAAUAUCAUCGUAUCUGAAGGGCCAGGGAUAUGAUGGAAACGCUUGGUUUUGGAUUUCAGGAAAUGAUCUUGUCAUAAACCAUCAUUUUAUAUCUGUUACAAACGGAUUACCACUACCGUUUACCGCUUGGUCACCUGGACAACCCGACGUUCCUGGUGUUGAGCAUUGUAUGCACUUGUGGCUGCGAGAUGGACAAUUUCAAAUGAACAACUGGUUGUGCACUGAAAAGGCCUUUUACAUAUGCCAGAGACAAAAUAACACACGCUGUUACGGUGGCUAUUAAAAAUCAAUUUUCAUAUUAUUAAUGAAAUUGUUAAUUAACAAUGGUGAAAUAAAUAAAUAAAAGUAACUA